UCGUUCCCCUCAGACGUCACUUCCGUCGCCGGUGCCAUCGGGCCACCCCUUCCCGUCAGCGGCCCGGCAGCUCGUGUGCCUGCGGGGGGAACGAGCGAGCGGCGUCCGGAGGCCCAAGUCGAGGCAGCGCCGUGCGGCCUACUCCCUUCCCCGGGUCCCUCCUGGCGGUCUCGUCCUUCCUUCCCCUCGGCGCGACUCCACUCAGGCCUCGGCUUCUCCCUCCCCACCCGCUGCCAUGGCGAUGAGACAGACUCCGCUGACCUGCUCCGGCCACACUCGGCCCGUGGUGGACUUGGCCUUCAGCGGCAUCACGCCUUACGGCUACUUCCUCAUCAGUGCCUGCAAGGAUGGUAAACCUAUGCUCCGCCAGGGUGACACAGGGGACUGGAUUGGAACAUUUCUUGGUCACAAGGGAGCAGUCUGGGGAGCUACGCUGAAUAAGGAUGCCACUAAAGCAGCUACAGCUGCUGCAGAUUUUACUGCCAAAGUGUGGGACGGUGUUUCAGGGGAUGAAUUAAUCACCUUGGCUCACAAGCACAUUGUUAAAUCUGUAGACUUCACUCAGGACAGCAAUUAUCUAUUGACAGGUGGACAAGAUAAACUGUUGCGUAUUUAUGAUUUAAGUAAGCCAGAAGCAGAACCUCAGAUAGUCAGUGGCCACACAUCUGGUAUUAAAAAGGCUCUGUGGAGUAGUGAUGACACACAGAUCCUUUCAGCAGAUGACAAAACUGUCAGACUUUGGGACAGAAAUACCUGGACAGAAGUGAAGGCGAUAAACGUUGCCAUGUCUGUGAGCAGCAUGGAGUAUUUUCCAGAAGGGGAGAUAAUAGUGAUCACAUAUGGGAGGACCAUCGCAUUUCAUAGUGCAGAAACCUUAGAACAGAUCAAAUCAUUUGAGGCCCCUGCAACAAUCAAUUCAGCAUCCCUUCACCCUGAGAAAGAGUAUGUGGUGGCAGGUGGUGAAGACUUUAAACUUUAUAAGUAUGAUUAUAACACCGGUGAAGAACUAGAAUCAUAUAAGGGGCACUUUGGGCCCAUUCACUGUGUCAGAUUUAGCCCAGAUGGAGAGUUGUAUGCCAGCGGCUCAGAGGACGGAACUCUAAGACUGUGGCAGACAACAGUAGGGAAAACAUAUGGUCUCUGGAAAUGUGUGAUUCCUGAGGAAGAAGGUGUUGAGCUGGCUAAAGCCAAGGUCAGCCUUCCAGGAACCACAGAAGAAGAACUAGAAGACCUUGGUUCUGAAAAUUCAGAUCCCCUCUACAGCACAACACCUGAAGUUAAGGCUUGAACAUCACAGCUCUUAAUGAAAACACAUGGACAUUCUGAGACUAAAUCAAGAAAGCAGCAGUAUGCAGCAGCCUCCCAGGGUGCACACUCUACCUACGGCAAAGAUGAGAAUUGAUGAGAUUGCUUUGGAACUGGUUGUCUGCGAAGAGAGUUGAGAGUAUGGAAUGCGAUGAGCAGUAAUGUUUUUUGCUGUCUCCUAGCACCACUGCCUGUUGUAUGUCUGAAUGUAAUGUGGCAGCUGAAACCCAGUUUCUUCAGCUUUGGUUAACCCAUGAUAGUGUUUAUUAUUGAGGAGAAAUGUAAUGGCCUCUAGUAAAGUUUCUCUGAAAGUCAAAAGAGUUGGCAAAAAAGAUGAGAUUGUGUGGCAGAACAACUGACUUGGUUUUUCUUUUUUCUUUUGUUGUACGUUGCUUCUAAAUAUCUGUUUCUGAACAUCUGAAUAAAAUGCCUCUCUACAACUGUG